AGAAAGCUCCUGGCGGGCUGAGCAGAACCAGAGCUGCUGGUGCUGACAGAACCUCGGGGUGGACAUGAGGAUCUCCCUGGCCCUGCUCGUCCUGCUGCUGGCAGCUGCCUGGACUGGAAGCCAGGGCAUGUCCUUCCGCAGCCUCAGAGCCAAGUGCUGCUCCAAGGAAAUGUUCUACCACCGGAAAAUCCCAGAGUCCAGGAUCUUGGGCUACCUGGAAACAGCCUCCACCUGCACCCACAGGGCUGUCUUUGUGAAGCUGCUGAAAGGGAUGGUGUGUGUGGACCCAGACAAGAAAUGGUUCCAGGAGUACCUGAGGAAGCAGAAGAAUCCAAACAGCACCUCCACGUGAAGCUGCCUUCCCCAAACCUCUAUUUAAUUGUACCCCAUAGUUCUCUGUGUGUGUGUUUUUGUGUCAUUAAUUUACAGAGCUGGCUCUGUCCCCUUCCCCUGAACUCAAUAAACCCUCUUGUAAAU